AUGAGCUCGUGCAGCUCGCGGGCGCUGACGCUGCUGAGCAGCGUGUUCGGGGCGUGCGGGCUGCUCCUGGUGGGCAUCGCGGUCUCCACCGAUUAUUGGCUCUACAUGGAGGAGGGCGUCGUGUCCCCGCAGAACCAGAGCACCGAGGUGCGCAUGGCGCUGCACGCGGGGCUCUGGCGCGUCUGCUUCUUCGCAGGCCGCGAGAAGGGGCGCUGCGUGGCCUCCGAAUAUUUCCUGGAGCCGGAGCUGAACCUGGUGACGGAAAACACCGAGAACAUCCUGAAGACCGUGCGGACGGCCACGCCCUUCCCCAUGGUCAGCCUCUUCCUCGUCUUCACCGCCUUCGUCAUCAGCAACGUGGGGCACAUCCGGCCCCAGAGGACCCUGCUGGCCUUCGUCUCGGGCAUCUUCUUCAUCCUCUCGGGGCGCAGGUGUGAUGUCGGUGGCGCAGGUGUGAUGUCGGUGUACCUGUUCACCAAGCGCUACGCCGAGGAGGAGCUGUACCGCGCCCCCCCUCACCUGCUGCGGCCGCGCCUCAGCACCUGCUCGGGGCUGUCGGGGCAGUUCCUGCAGCCGCGGGCGUGGCCGCGCGCCCGCAGCCCCUCGGACGCCUCCUCGGACGUGUCCAUCCAGAUGACCCAGAACUACCCCCCCGCCAUCAAAUACCCCCAGAGACCCCCCCCGCACCCGCACCUGUCCACCUCGCCCUGCUAG